AUGCCCACUGAUAGACCUCCUUCAAUUCAUGCCAUUGAUAUAUCUUCCUUUACUCCUAAUAAUGACAUUUCAAUUCAAGCUGAUAUACCUUCUCCCAGUGUUAAUUCAACUAAUAAACCUUCUUCAAGCCAUAACAUAUAUGUUGCCCUGCAAAAUCCUGCUGCUCCUACUCUCAGAAAUGGAACUGUCAAGUUCGAGGAGAAAGAUAGAAUUGACUAUGCUGCAGUUACUGUUCAGCUUCUAGGGUGCGAGCGUGUGCUAUUUCUUUUCACCAUCAAACAGCUUGUGGCAUCUGGCAAGCCGGAUAGCUUCAGUGGGGAGUUCAUCGUGCCAUCCUACCAGGGUUCAUCUUCUCUUGACCUAAAAGGAUGUGGUGGAUCUACUGGUUAUGAUAAUGCAGUUGCAUUGCCUGCUGAUUGCAUUGCGAUUAACAAGGGAGACAAGGAGGAGCUCGAGAAGGAGAACAUCAUGAAUGUUUCAUCAUCAAUAGAAAAGAUUACCUUAAAUGUUAGCAAAAGCAAGCCUGAGACUGGUGAAGUAAUAGGAGUAUUUGAGAGCAUUCAGCCAUCCGAUACUAAUUUGGGAUCAAAGGCCCCGAAGGAUGUGAAAAUUCAAGGGGUUUGGUAUACCCAACUUGAUUCAUAG